CGUAGUAAGCAGCAGAUUGGUAGCCCGCUAGGAGGAUCUACCGAUAAUAGACCGGGUAAAUGUGGUCAUGUUGCAGUUGCUGGCAUUGAGUUCGAGGAGCAUUGGCUGGGAUACCUGCUUUUCAUGUGGCGGCCGAGAGAAACUCAACACUGAAAAGGCUUAAGUGCGCCGCCUGAGACACCGUUCCCCCCAAACAAACAUGGGGUCUCAGUCUAUAAGCCUGAGGUAAAGUGACCUUAAAUCUCUUAUCUAAUGGCAAAUUUCGAGAACUACCAAGAAGGCAAAGCCGCAAUGUUGAUGCUGGAAUCGCAACAGCGGGCUGUCGGGACUAAUCCUGCAGCUGCAACGACGAACGGCGACACUUCUGUCGGGGAACCCCCUUCCGUACUUGAUGUCGGCAGCGCUGCUUUUCAUCAACCAAGUGAACAGCAGCAGCAGCACCUGGAAUCGCCGGCGACGAAAGGAUCCGCGUCCUCUCUUAACCGGGCGCUCGAGGACUCUGCUGCGAGUAACACACACACUACUUCAGCUUCCCCUGCUGUGAACACCAGUUCCGCCGUGUCGGACGACAUUAGGAAGUGUGGCUAUCUGAGAAAGCAGAAACACGGCCAUAAGAGGUUUUUCGUCUUGCGGGCGUCGAGUCAUCUGGGGCCGAGCAGACUGGAAUAUUAUGACAGUGAGAAGAAAUGUCGAAACACUCUGCGCUCGAGCGCCGCCGCCGCAUCAGCUGGUGCCUCUCACCCCAAAAGAGUGAUCUAUCUCUACCAAUGUUUCACGGUGAAUAAAAGGGCAGAUUCUAAGAAUAAACAUCUCAUUGCUUUGUAUACUAAGGAUGAAUACUUUGCGAUUGUUGCUGAGAAUGAGCAGGAGCAGGAGGAGUGGUACCAGGCGCUCAGUGAGCUCAUGAGUGAGGGGAAGAGAGGCCACCUGGACGCGGAUGAGAUUGACGAUGGAUAUGGUACUGUGACCCCUGGGACUGACUUUAAGGAAGUGUGGCAGGUAAAUGUUAAACCAAAGGGUUUGGGCCAGACGAAGAAUCUAAUCGGCGUGUAUAGGCUCUGUCUGUCUGCCAAGAGCAUUCACCUGGUGAAGCUGAACUCUGAGACACCUUGCGUGAACUUGCAGCUGAUGAACAUUAGACGCUGCGGCCAUUCAGAGAGCUUCUUUUUCAUUGAGGUUGGCCGGUCUUCUUCUAUAGGACCUGGGGAGGUUUGGAUGCAGGUGGAUGAUUCUGUGGUGGCUCAGAACAUGCACGAGACCAUUCUAGAGACCAUGAAGGCACUGAAGGCAUUUGCCGAGUUCAGGCCCAGAAGCAAAAGCCAGUCUUCUGGCACCAACCCGAUGGGUUUCAUCACCACACGGCGACACUUGGGCAACCUCCCACCCAGCCAGACAGGGCUCCAGCGGCGGUCUCGGACCGAGUCUGUGGUGGGCACUCCACCCAGCAGGAAGAGCAGUGGAGCAAGUGGGUAUCGAUUCCGCACCUCAAGUGAGGGAGAAAGCACGAUGAACCGCCCCUUUCGCUCUGUGACAGGUAGCCUUAUUCAUCUCAACACAGCCCGUGCUAACCUGAGCCGACAGGAAAGUAGCAGUGGGGCUGGGGCCCGCUAUAUUCGUGCCCCACCAUGCUCCACUUAUCAUGCCCGUUCUGCCUCGCUGCCAGUGUCACACUUUCCUUCUACCACCAGUCCCAUCAGCAUGUCCAGUAGCAGCGGGCAUGGCUCUGUGUCAGACACUAUCACUCGCCCCUCCAGCGCGUCCAUUUGUGGAUCCCCGAGUGAUGGAGGAUUCAACUCGUCUGAUGAGUAUGGCUCCAGCCCCGGAGACUUCCGGUACUUCAGAGUACGCAGCAACACCCCUGACUCCCUGGGAAACACACCACCGAUCCGUGAGGAGCACUGCCUCAAUGACUACAUGGCUAUGGGCUGGAAUCGCGAUGUGUUUGGAACAAGUGCAGCUGAGGCGAUCAAAGAUGAGAGUGCAGAUGAAGAUUCACGAACGGGGUCUUUAAGGAGGCGGACACCCUCCUUCUCCAGGCAGGUUGGGGGCGCUAGUGCUGCUGGAGUCGCUGUUUAUCAGAAAAUGACCCAGACCACCUUCUCGCUGGACGAGGCUGUGGCUGAGAGUAGCUCUUGGGGUGGCAGUGUCCAAACUGUCUCUACCUCCUCCUCCCUCUGCUCUGACUACAGCUCCAGUUCUGAACACAGCCAGGACCGGGCCCCUAGCCUACGGCCUGCAGACGGGCCUAAAGAUGAUGGGUACAUGCCCAUGAUGGUAGGUGUGCUGCCCUCCGCUAGUGAUGCAGACUACAUGCCUAUGCAACCAAAUAUCCUCCUCUCUGCCUCUGCACAAGUCCAAAGUGCUGCUUUACAUGUUCCCCAGCACAUGGACUCUCAAGGCUAUAUGAUGAUGCUCCCAGGUAGAAGUGGGGCUACUGACUCUCCCGUCCCAUCCAGCCCUGACAUUAGCAGACGAGCAGAGGGGAGAAGAGCCUCAGACCGCCUUGAGAAUGCAGAAUACAUGGAUAUGUCUCAGAGCAGCUCCACAUCUAAUGCUCAAAAGGUUUCCGCUGAGAAUUAUUAUGCCUUGACCACUCCUGGUGUCCCCAAAUCCUACAGUCCCUAUUUCUCCCUCCCUCGCUCAUACAAGGCUCCAUCCAGAGACCAGGGAGAGCAUGAUGAUUAUGUCCCAAUGAGUUCCCCAGCAAAACCAGUCUACAUUUCACCCACAGCCACCCCAGAUCGCAGUAGCAGGUGCCCACCUUCUGAGUCCUCUCAACAUAAUGGCUUCACGGAUCGCCGUGCUGUACGGCCGAACCGCCUGCCCCUGGGAAGGCGAAGUUUGCACAGCUCUCUGCGAGCAGGAGAAGUGGCAGUGCGCCCUUCCAGCCCUGGAGAAUACAUCAAUAUUGAAUUUGGGUAUCGGCCCACAUAUUCUCCCUGCUCCCCCUCAACCCUUAGUAUUAACCGGGAGCAGCGCAAGUCCCCGCUGCCACAGGAUUACAUGACUGUCGAGGUGGAUGGUCUUCCACCAAAGAGUCGGUCCCCACGGCCCUCCCUGGUGGCCCCCUGGAAUCCUCCUUCAUAUAUCCGGCCCUCAUCCUCCCACAGCAGUGGGCUCACGGUGGGUAAGCCUGACGACUACACGGAAAUGUCUUUUGGGCCUGAGGAGGAGUCCAAGAGCCCUACAGCCAUGCUUGAGCACCUGUGUGUUCUGGAGCAACAGUUUUUCCCCUUCAGCCCUCCGACUGAGCCUAAGGUUGUCCGUGCUGAUCCCCAGGGCAGGCGGAGACACAGCUCGGAGACCUUUGUCACAUCAUCAGGAGCGUCAGGUGGAAGUGGCACGGACUCCAAUGGCACCGUGCCUAGCAAUAGUGGGGCUCACCAGGUGGGCUGCAGCAAUCGUCAGAACUUUGACUGUGUUUGGACUGACGGCGUGAGAUUCGGCAGUGAGGGUGCACAUGGAAACUCCUCGGAUAGAGCCGAUUCCCCCUCUGUGAGGUCUGCAAGGACUCUACCUGUGGAACACCAGAAUGGCCUGAACUACAUCGCCCUAGGCCUGAGAGACGAUCUCCAGCCUGGAAACUGUCAUGAUGCGCUUGCCUUGUCAUCCUCCAGCGUUCCUCCCCCAGAGAAUGGUGCCUAUGUCAGCAUAGAUUUAAUUAAACCUGAGGGUCUUACAUCGGCGUCUAAAGGGAUCUUUGUGGGAGUCCCUGCCUUAUGGGGAGGGGUGUGACGACCCCUGCCAUUUGUUCGUGGGAUCGCUGUUGAGCCCACAAUCUACCUUGAUUGGCAGCCGUUUGAAACACCUGUUCUCUAUCAGACGCUCCGUUUAAAAGAGGCCUCCGCUUGAGCCAGAGUGGGGCUUCGGUUUUGGAUAUUUGGUUUUGUGGCUUGUUUGGUUUGCUUUUGCCCUCGCACUUCAACACCGCAGUACACUACAUCUCCCUACAGCCAUGCAUUUCACAUUACACACUGGCAUUACUGAUGUUUUUCCAAUACAUGGUUGUUUUCUUUAUGGUUUUCUUUACUUUUUUCAUGUGACUCUAAUUUUUGAAUAAAUUAUAUUUUGAGUCAACAAUUUGGUUUUGCAUGUGUCCUCUGUUUGUUGCUUCCCUUGAGCCAUGGGUCGUAACAGACACGAAUCAGCUCCCUGUGCUAACACCGUUCUACUGGACCAAUGACGUCUGUACCAGCUGGUGCCACCCUUUGUAAGUUCAUCUACCAGUGAAAGAAAAGACUCCUGCGGGGUCAUGGGCAAUCCCACUAUCGUAGGCUGGCAGAACAGCUCCUAAAAUAGGCCGGGAAUGAAAGAGAGGCAGCAGUUGUUUGGUCAUUGUCCCACUUAUAGCGGCGACCUGCUGUGGCAUGGCACUAUGAUAUGCUUGUGAUGUGUGAGCGGUGUGUGUGGUGACGCACAUGGAGUUUGGUGUCCAUGCAGUGACGCAGAUGGUCUUGUGCUGCCAUGCACUUUUUAGGGCAGAGGAUGGCUGGAUCGGAUCUCUGAUUCCAUGAAGGUGGUUAAUAUAUAGCAACAUCACUGACCCAAACUGGAUAUGCUCAGACUAAAAAUGGUCACCUUUGUUUGCUUGUAUGUGCACAGGAGUAAGGCUAACUACUUGUCGGCUUCCUGUAUUCAGUUGGGGACAUUCUUUUAUUUUUUUGUUUUUUUAUCUUUGAGUACUACUUUCCUCACUCCCUUGUGGAAUUUAUCUAGUUGUCUAACAUAGUGUUAGUCUUGAAAGUGCCAAU